AUGUCCUUGAACAGUUACCUAACCGAGGCUUAUGGUCCCAAGAGAGCAGCCAAGUCAAGGAAUGGCUCCAAACGCGAAGCUAAAGUGUCCAAUGUUAGUAUCACCGAUUCUGCCGAACAGUUAGUCUUCACCAACAAUAAGCCGACGGGCCAUGCAACGGAUAUAAAGGCCAAAGCGAAACGAACAGGACUAUUUAAGAAUCUGGAGACCAAUGAGCUUACCGAAUUCAAGCCUGCAAGUGAGGUGCAAGAGCCAAAUGAGGUCAAGAUGAGUUCGGGAGCGCAUGCAGGCCUGCAAUCGGCAGAGCAGGUUGCGGAACAGAUUGGCAAAAAGCAGCGAGAAGCACAGCGAGAAGCUGCUGCGGCAGCAGUCAAUAAAGAGACUGUGUUCCGGGACAGCUCCGGUGCCCAGAUUGCGGACUACUCUACAUAUAUGCGCGACCGUGAGCGGGCGGACAAGCUACGCGAACGGUUCCAGCAAAAUAAGAGCAGAGAGAUGAACAUGGGAGACAUACAGCUACAUCAGCUACGGAAUCCAGAUUGGCGGCCCGCACGUUGUGAAGGCGAGCAGAUUCGUAGGGAUGACCCUGCGGCCCAGUUCACUGCUGAGUCCUCGGCCGCCACAUACAAGCUCUCUCCACUGGGGAGAAAGCUUUACAACAAAGCAUGGCCUGAAAACAGGUUCCAGAUAGCUCCUGGAUGGCGCUGGGACGGAGUAGAUCGCUCAAAUGGUUUCGAGCAGAAGUGGUUUGCAAAGCAAGGGGAGCUUGCAGAGCGAAAAGCGCAGCAGAUGGCCGCGCAACAGGAUUACUGA